GCCUGCCGGGCGUCCAACCGACAAAGUUCUCCGAGGACGAAGACGAUGCAAUGUUUAUAGGGGAAAAGAAAGGGGAGAAACGAUCGCGCACGUCGCUCCUCGUCAUCACCUCGCUCUUUUUUAUUUUUUCUUCUCAUCAUAUUCAAAUUCAGUGGCCCUUCUCUCUUGAUGGUUCACAGCCGAGCGAGAGGAUCACGUAUUAAAAUCGUUUUCUGCUGUCACGGAAAAUGAUUCCCGAGCUGGAAUUCGUCGUCCUUGACGCCUAUAAAACGCUCGAGACUAGGCGACAGAGAGAUCACAAGACGGCACACAGCGAGCCCUUGGUUUGAAUUGUUCUUAGGCAUUACCUCUCUGCAUCUGCUUAACUGAAUCAGAGGUCACGGUUAUCUACUAAUCAUCUAGUUAUCAGUUAUGAGUUACAAUCGCACGGUGGUUGAUGAGACACGUCAGGGAAACGAAUGUUCCAACGGUGGACCAUUACAAAAUGGAAGAGAGAUCCUCUUUCAGGCUUUCAAUUGGGAGUCACACGAACAUGAUUGGUGGCAUAAUUUAGAGAUGAGAGUUGAUGAUAUUGCUAGAUCCGGCUUCACGUCAGCUUGGCUGCCUCCAGCAACCAAUUCAUUAUCUAAAGAAGGGUAUCUGCCACAAAACUUGUAUUGCCUUGACUCUGCAUAUGGUUCCCACGAUGGAUUAAUAAAUUUAAUUCAAGAAAUGCAUCAACACAGAGUCAGAACAAUGGCUGAUAUAGUUAUUAACCAUCGAGUUGGAACUACCCGUGGACAUGGGGGAGCAUACAACCGCUUUGAUGGAAUUCCCAUGUCCUGGGAUGAACGUGCUGUCACAUCAAACUCUGGUGGCCUGGGUUCUCCAAGCUAUGGUGAAAACUUUGAUGGAGUUCCCAACAUUGAUCAUAGCCAAGCUUUUGUACGAGAAGACAUAAUUGGUUGGUUAAAGUGGCUUCGCGAAACAAUUGGUUUCCAAGAUUUUCGUUUUGAUUUUGCAAAAGGAUAUGACCCAAAAUUUGUAAAAGAAUAUGUUGAAGAGUCGAAGCCUGUAUUUUCUGUGGGAGAAUAUUGGGAUAGCUGUAAUUAUGUAGCCCCUGAUUCUCGCUUGGACUACAAUCAAGACAGUCACAGACGGAGGAUUAUUGACUGGAUUGAAAAAACCGGACAUGUCUCUGCAGCAUUUGAUUUCACGACAAAGGGCAUCCUACAGGAAGCAGUUAAGGGACAACUAUGGCGAUUGCGCGAUCCUCAAGGGAAGCCACCUGGUGUGAUUGGGUGGUGGUCUUCACGAGCAGUCACAUUUAUUGAGAAUCAUGACACUGGCUCAACUCAGGGUCAUUGGCCCUUCCCAUCUGAUCAUGUUAUGGAGGGAUAUGUUUAUAUACUCACUCAUCCAGGAAUACCAACAGUAUUCUAUGACCACUUCUAUGAUUGGGAUAACGCUUAUCACAAUCAAAUCGUGAGAUUGAUGAACAUUCGUUGUUGUCAAGAUAUUCAUAGUCGUUCCAAGAUUGAGAUUUUGGAGGCUCGCUCCGACCUCUAUGCUGCAAGAAUCGACAACAAAGUCUGCAUGAAAAUUGGUGAUGGGUCAUGGUGUCCGAGUGGUCAGGAAUGGACACUUGCUGCUAGUGGAAAUAGAUACGCAGUCUGGCACAAGUAGUUUGAUAAAAUAAAUCAUUUUUCUUCACUUGUAUCUUCUGUUGACUGAAGUUAUCUUGCUUCCUGUUUUCUAAAUAAUCAUGAGUAAUUUAUUGAUGAUUUACACAUUAAAUUUUGGCUUAAUA